AUAUGUUUUUAAUUUUGUAUUUAUUUUGAAACAAUUUUUGUUGAACUUUACUUUUUUCUGGAUUAAGCUCCUCGCUCAUCUCGCCUAGAGUUUUCUGAGCAGGGGGCUAACCCAACCCCCUCCCAUUUUCACUACGUUCUUCGCCAUGCACCGUAAGACAAGUGGGCAUGGAACUACGCUUAUGGGAGGGCCGAUUCCGGUAUUUACUUCACACUGACAAAAUGUCGGACGUCAAGAAAGACUGCAUGGUAGUUGUACUGGUGGAGAGCCGUGCCGACGAGUCCCUUGCCGUACGCGGGAUCGAGGGAGGGCUGGCACAUGCGCCCAGCCAGCAGUUUCGGGGGUUAACGACGGCAGACAUCGUGGCCCUGGGAGCCUCCCGUACUGGGCGGAAAGACCCAGCUGUGGACGAAGCAACGAAAGCGCUGGCAGCUGGGAAGCAGCCCUCACCGGUCCUCCUGGCCAAACUGAUCAAGGCGUUCGUCCAGGACCUACUGGCGGGAACCAAAUCGAGAGAGAAAAUAUCAGCGUCGCAGAAGAAGCGAAGCACUAAACGAACCAAGAGUAACAAAAGCGAGUCAAAAAAAGACCUUCCAAAACCAAAAAAAGAAGUAGAUAGUAAUAUUUUCAUCAGGCCGGGCACCAAGCUGGAAAGAAGGAUAACUGGCUGGGACGAUGUGAAGGAAGUAAUAGACCCAUCACAUGACGUCAACAAGUUGUUUGUUGUUAUAACGGGACUGCACGAACCGCAGCUGCUGGUUAAUAUGGCACUCGAAGAAGUCCCAUUUCAUUGCUUUGUUAAGAUAUGUUUAGAGAAUGAUCAAGAUCUUGACAAUGGAUCUUCAUCAAUCAGUGAAGAUAAUGAUAACAUCUUGAAAUACUGGAAGACAUUUCACCAACUAUUGCAAGUAAAUGAUAACAUAGUUUUAAUGAAAGAUGUAGCAUUUGUAGAGUUUCGACCUAAUAUCAGCAUUCGAAAGCUCAAUGAUCCUGCACAAAAAUUCCACACGCAGAGAACUAUAUUUAACGAAUUUGUGGAUUUAAUGUAUUACAUUUCAGACUCAAGAUACCAACACAAACAUUAUGUAGACAAUAUCAUUGUGACAGCUGUGGAAGAAGUACCAGUAUUGAAUCUUGGAAACAUGCAUUUUUACAACUCUUUGGUUAAUAAGGUUCUGCCUGAGUGUGUUGAUGUUCCGUAUCUCUUGGACUGCAUGUUAAAGCAGGUGGAGCAAAUGUUAUCAGAAGAGGCUCAAAAUUCCGAAACUAAAGAUACAGUAACUGGAGGUAUAGAUUCAUCACUUGAAUCUGCUAUACAAAUCCUGAAUAAUGAAUAUGACAUAGUGAUGAAGUCUCCAAUAGCUGAUGAGUUGCAAACUUCAAUGACUGUUCUUAGUGAGGAGGAAGUUUCUAAUAAAUAUUCGGAGGCAAAUGCCCAGGUGAAACUCUCAGAUAUCCACAAAACAAAUCUUGUAUGCUUAUUUCAGGCAUGGGUUGAAAUGGCUACGGUCAUAAAUGAUAAUGAAAGUGAGACACCGAUGCAAUCUUUGUUUCAAGACAUGAGUUGCUCUUUGUUGAAUACCUUACUUCAAGAAAAUGCUUGUUCACAACCAAAACAAUAUAUCAAAUACUUGCCUAUAGUAUCAAGUGAUGUUAGCGAUUUAUCUAUUUACUCAAUAAAUUCAAAUUAUUUGAACAAUAAUGGAUCUCUGAUAGCAAAGCAACUGAAAUGUAAACUGUUCAGAUUGGAUGGGUUGUCUACAAUCUACAGUGACGACAAAUGGCCCGAAAGUUGCAUUUCUGCUGAAAUCAUGAACGCAGGUACGGCGUUAAAAGAAAUAUUGACUUCUAUUUGGGAUUUCAACUGCAUGGACAUCAGAAACAGUAAUCUUAGAAAAAUAUUGUGUGUUCGUUUUCAUUCAAACUACAACCAGAAACCAGUAUAUUCUCAAAAAUACCAUGUUUACCUACGCACACCUAUUUAUUUUAGAGACUUUUAUGAAUUUGUUCUGGACUACGAAUCUAACUGGUUCGAGGAGGAAGAGAAAAAACUUAAGGAAACUUUAAAAGGCAAAACUGUUCUUAAUUCUGAAGGGUUAAAGAUAAUCUCAGAAAUGGGGACAGAAUCCUUUUUAAACGGCAUUGCGCAGAGAUUAAUACUAAUCAACUCUUUAAAAUAUCAGAAAAUGCUUAACUUGGAUUCAGCUAGGAAUGCAGAUAUCGUUCCUUUAUCUGAAAACAAAAAGGUUUCCAAAACCAAAAAAAAAUCCAAGAAAGAUAAAUCUACUGGUUCAGAUACUGGUAAAAGCAAGGCCUCUGUUAAAAAAGCUAGUAAAAAAACUAGUAAAAAAACUUCUGAUAGUUCCAAGAAAGCUCUUACUUUCAGCACAGAACCACCAGUUUCAUUAAAUGAAAUAAAAAAUGAGUCGUUACUACAGGGAUAUAAUCUAGGGCCAAUGCGUGUGCAGCUUUCGGGGCAUGUUACAAGUUUUUCCAGCCCAAGUGGGGGUUCUGUCUAUGUUGAUACAAAAAUGUGGGCACAUCAAUCUAAGACAAUAAGACUAAAAAUCUCUGCGCAAGGUCAUAGCCUUUUAUUUCAUCACAUCAGUAAAAGUUCCGUACCAAUAAAUAAUUUUCACAUAAAUACUCGUUUAGGCGUAUGCAUCGCGUUUGAAAGAAAAGCCAAUAUCUCAUCACAUAUUUCAAUCUCAAAACAACCAGAAGAAGAAGAGGAACAAGUACCCAAUACUAAAAAGAAAAUCAACGAGCCAAAGAAAUCUGUUCCUAAAACAGCACAAAAGGGAAGUCGAGUAUCUUAUCCAGAAACUGAUACAAAUAAUCCUUCCGAAAUUAAACUACCCAAGACUCAAAAAGAAACACAUGAAUUGUCUGGGUAUAGAACUAAAAUGUCUUUACCAUCUGGUUUGGUUAUAGAGACUGUUGAAUUAUAUCAUCUACAUCAUUAUAUUAAGCAACAAUAUAUUAAUAUUAAUGAACGCAAUAAAUGUAAAGAAAAUUACAGAUGUUUUCUAGCCAAUGGUAAUGUACUGAAGUUUAUGAACGAUGGGACUAUUUUUGUUUUGUGUCCAGACAGCACUGUUUUUGAAUGCUUUCCUAUAAACAGUGAACCAGUACAGAAAAUAGUAACAAUUCAAGAUGAAGAGAAAAGGGAAUCCGUUAAACAAAAGGGAAGAAAAAAAAUAAUUGAGAAAAAAGGAGGUUCUAAAAGUUCGUCAAGAAAAUCGCUUCAGGAGGUGGCUGAAGCAAUAAUAGAAACCAAUUAUUCAAGUGAAAAAGAAAAGUUUAUGCAGGCAUUCAAGUGCUGUGUGUUAACAGCUGAUGGAAAACAUUUUACAUUAAAUAAUUCCAAUGCUUCCGAACGUCUGCCAGACGAAUUCAUUAGAACUAUCACAAAUCAUGUGACGGGAGAGAUUCUUAAGAGACGGCUCGAUGGAUCUACCCUUUUGUUAAAACCAGAUGGCACGUUGAUAACUACAUUUCCGGACGACACAAUUAUAACAACUCACGUAGGUGAAAGUGAAAUUGAAUUUUCUUACGACUUCGAAGAUAUUAUAUACUGUUCAACAUACAUUAUGCUUGAUACAACAACAACUAUGGAACAUCCACUAUAUGCUAGAGUGAAAUCAUCCAUGCAUGAUUUAAAUGUAGAAAUGCCAGAUGACACACACGUCAAAAUUUUACGGAAUGGAAUUUGCACAGUAUCAAUGAAACAUGAACUUUUGGUCAAGAUAGAAAAUGAAGCCGUAAGGUUCAUCCAUAAGACUGAUAAACAAGAACAUUUUGUAUCCAUUAUUUACAUGAAUGCAUGGAAAGAAGAUUCGUCCUUUGUUUUAAGUCACACUACAGACAUAUACGGCAAUGAGUUCGAAGUUAAGUGUGAUGGCACAACCACUUCUUCUAUUCAGACUGAAGGGUUUAAUACUUGUCGUUGUUUUACUAUUGCUAAUGAUAUGACAGUAACUGAACUACUCCCUGCCGCGGCAGUAGAUUUACACAUUGAAAAUAUUAUGAACAAGACCGAUUUUUCUGUAUUUUUGGAACCUAUAUCACUAACACCAUAUCAUUAUUACAUAGCCACACUGCAAAUUAUUAGUGAUAAACGACCAUGGGACAUGAUCUACGAGAGAGAUAUGGUUUUUCUUCAUAGAAAAAAUAAAACUGACGAGAAAAAAAGCAAAAAUAAUCUACCUCCUUGGUUACAGCCAGCAAAAAAAUUAAAAACUUCAUCAAAAACAGACUUUCUUCUCAAAAGUAAUCCUAAACAAAAAAUAAUUUUUCUUCUGAAAGUUUUAUUUCAACUGUCGAAUGCUGAAGUUAAGAGUAAAGAGCCUACAAAAAGUUGCGACUGUUUUACAUUUACACUUGAUAAUUGCAAAGUUCAUUUAUUUUCAGACAUUAUUCAGAAUCAUGUGAACCUUUUUUUAGAAGGGAAAUUCCCACAUUUGGGGGAAUUUUUGCAAGGAAUAACACACGAUUUGAAAAAAGAAAUUUUGCAACCAGAGUCACUGAAAAAUUGUUUCACAUUAAAAAACCAAACUACGAAAUUGGAAAGAAAAUUAAAGGAUGACAAAUUUGAACGUUAUAAAAACAUUUUGCGAACACGUGAAUUCGGCCGUUAUUUUGACACUGUACCUGGGAUUACAUUCCUCAACAUAAAUGAACUCAUAGAUCAAACAGUGAACUACUCUGAAACUAAAAAUCGCACCAAAAAAAAUUGUGCUGAUGUACUGUAUACUAUAGUUGAAGAAUUAUAAAAAGUAUUUAAAA